AUAGCGACUACGCUCGCGAUUAUGUCAGGUGAGUGGUGGCCAAAUUACACCCUCUCCUUAUUCCGUUAAAAAUGUCGUACUCCCAAAAUCCAGAAAUCUACGUAAUUGACGACACCAAGUCCCCCACACCAACCGCACCUCCACCAUACUCCCCAGUUGAACCUCUCCCACAUUAUCGCGACACCACAUAUGACGAACAUGAGGUAAUUUUCCACUUCACAGAUGCCUCCAUCCGGCAAGGUUUUGUCAGGAAAGUUUUUGCCAUUCUUCUUAUCCAAACUGUAGUCACUUUUGGUAUCAUCACUUUAUCCACGUUCAUCGAACAGAUCCGGGACAUCCUCCACAGUUCCGCCUUCCUCUAUAUUUCCAUCCCACUUGUUAUCCUGGACUUGAUCUUCCUCUAUCUCAUCUCCCUCAAACCACAUCUAUUGGUAGCCACUCCAGCAAAUUAUAUUGCUUUGGGGGUGGUCACCCUGUGCACAACGGUGCCGCUGGCGGUUGCAUCUUCAUAUGUUGACAUAAAAUACGCCUUGUUCUUACCCACCGCAUUACUCCUGGCGUCCACCCUUUCCAUCCUAUUAUUUACGUUACAAUCCCGCCGGGAAUUAUGCACAUUUGGGGGAUUUCUUCUCACCACGUUAUCCACAACGGUCAUAGCGGUCAUCCUAUUCUUCGCGUUUCGUUCCGAAGCUAAGGAAAAUGGGGAUGAAGUUAUAAUUGGAGUCAUCCUUGGAAUUGCUGGAAUGGCAACAAUCAUUUUUGGGACGAUAUGGGUCGCUCUAGUUCGUGGGUUGAUGUUUUCCGAGAAAAAAACAAGUAGUUUAAAUUGUUCCCCGGAAGACUACAUUUUAGCCGCGAUGUUGCUCUAUGUCGCCAUCAUUUUGAUCUUCCUGGUCAUAUUGUUGAUUGUCCUACUCGUCCUGGGAGCGAGUAGUAGUAGUAGUUCGAAUUCAUGUAGUGGUGGGGGUGGUUGUCAUGGGGGAUGGAUCUGGUUUUUUCCAAUUUAUGGUAGAACCCACUACAGCGGGAGGAACGUGGAAGGGCAAGAAGGUGGAGAUGAGGCACGCGAAGUUUAGAGAUGUAACAUUAUAACAUAUAGUUAAAUUAUUUGUGUGAUAGGGUUGUGGAAAUAAUAAUGAUAAUUACUUGAAUGAGAAAAAUAAAGUGUAAAUAUGGUGGGGUUAAUGAAUGAGGCAAUAUGGGUUUUAAUGGUUCACUUAAAAUAAUUGUGGAUGACUGAUAUUGGUUAUUUUAAAUUGGCACCUUUCGGAAGACGAGCAAGAUAAAUACUUAUUUUAUUACUGUGCUGCGAAGCUGUUUCAAAUUUAUAGUUAAUGUUGAAUUAGUUGUUUUUAUCUUGCUAAUCGAAAAAGCAAUGUCGUACUGGAUCCCGGGUGGGUUGGAUAUGCUCACGACCAAUUUGUUAUUCAUGUUACAACAAUAACUGUUAAAAUUAAUGGACCAAUUAGUUCGAUAUUGGAUCAAUUUAAUUUAUUAAGACCACUCACAGCAGUCGAAACUGUCACUCAGAUUGCGAUGUUAAUUAAAUUGAUUGGAAAUAAAUUGGU